UCGGUAGAGGCGAGAGAGAAGCGAGUCGCGCGCGCGUAUGCUUCUCCAAUGUGAAAAAGCUAUUGCUAUUACUACCACUACUAUAGCAGAGCCGCUGUUGGCUACUAAUACCACUACUACUCUAUCGCCAUCGUCAUCAUCAAGCGGCGUGCCGGCGUCGCUCGGUCCGCGUCGCGUUGCGUCGCACCGCGCCGCGCCAAACCGAAACGAACCGAACUGAAUCAAAGCAAAUCAAGCCGAACGGCGGAGCCGUGUGGCGUGGUUUGUAACGCGCGGAACCGGAGUACCGGCGUGCCGCGGACGCGCGUGACGCGUCCCCCGCGUCACGCUUAAGCGCCGCAGCCGAGCGUCCGUCAUCGGAAAACGCUGUUGCUGCUGCUGCUGGCUCCCCGACAUUGUAUCAAGGACGCGGUGUGUACACCCGUAUCCUUGCGUCGGCGCCGCCGCCGCCGCCGCCACCGCCACCGCCACCGCCACCGCCACCGCUGGAAGAAGGAACCACCGUCGAACAAGCGAGUUUCGCCGCGGGACGGUGAAGAGAUAAGGGGGAAGAGAAAGAGAGAGAGCGAACGAGACGAACGAUAAAGCUGGAUAGAGACAAAGAGACGGAGAAAAAGACAGAGAGAGAGGGAGGAAGAGAGAGAAAAAGAAGGCGUGAGAGAAAGAGAGACGGAGCGAGAGCGUGAGCGUUCGACGUCGUUGCUCCUCGUCGUCGAUGGUGGGGAGGCAGAGGGAAAAAGAAAGAGCUAGAGGGGGAGAGAGAGAGCGCCCUCCCCUACCCACCCGCCCGCUCGCCUCCUCUGCCCGCCGCCGUACCUACUCACGGAGCUAACGAACGGUCGAGCGUAGCGUCGAGUAGACCGCAUCCCAAGUAUAACGUACGUACGUAUAUUCACGGGGAACUGAGGCUAAGCGCGCGCCGCGGCGUGUUCUACGCGCUGGUUACGCGUGAAGGAGAAAAAAAAGAAAAGAAAAGGACGGGGGAGAAACGUCGUUCCGCCUGCCGUCGUUCGUUGCCGUCGUUCUCGCGAUGCGAGGAAGCGGGCAUAGGCAAGCGCGAGCGUUAUAGUGAUCAUCACGGAGUGUUCUUCUCGGUAGCGGUGUUUAACCGCCGUCACCCGCGGACAGUGUUGUGUGACAGUGAGAUCGCGUUUGAAACGCGUGCGUGUGGUGCGUGUCUCUCCUCUCCUCUCCUCAUCCGACAUCUAAGCUUUCGUACCAGCGAGUUUCCGAGUGUGCGAAUGUGAGACGGAUUCCGUGUACGUGCGCGAGCGAGCGAGCGAGCGUGAGAGAGAAAGAGCGAGCGAGAGAAAGAGGGUGAGCGAGAGAGGGAGAGAGAAGGAGUAAUAUAGAGUUAGCUGUCUGUGUGCACUGUACGUGCACGCGGAUGUUACCGAGUUAUGAGCGUGCGAGCGCGCGCGUGUGCGUGUGAGUAUUAGAAAGAAAGAAAAAGAAAGAUAGAGAAAGGGAGGAAAAGAGAGAACGACAGAAAGACGAACAGAAAUAGAGGGAGAGGAAAAGAGAAAGGGAACGUUAGCGCGUGCAUGUGUACGUGCGCGCGCGCGCGCGAGCAAUUCCUCCGUGAAUUUUUCUUUUCCCUCGCUGGUGUUGUGUCACCGGCGGGUAAAACGAGAAAAGGCUGAGAACGCUGACGGACGUACGUACGUGUACGUCGCGAUAUGUCGGAGCACCACCGCGUGGCCGGUGGCUGGGGCACGGCGAGUCCGGGUAACCAAGAGAAUGCCACCGGCGGUGCCGCCUGGUGGCCCACGGGCCUGAACGCCGUUUCGUCCGAUCAACAGCAGCAACAACAGCAGCAGCAACAACAACAGCAGCAACAAAAUCUACAUCAGCAUCUCUUGAAUCAACAACAGCAGCAGCAGCAGCAGCAACAACAGCAACAGCUCGCGCAACAACAGCAGUCGCAGCACCAUCAGGAAAACGUCCGAAAUACCGCCGCCGCGGCGAACCAACAGCUCUUCUCCUACAAAAUGGCCUCCAGCUUCCAGAACCCGGCCACCACCGGCGCGGCGUCGAGUCCGGUGUCGACAUCCACGCCGGUCGGCGGCGGCGGCGCCGCCGCGUGCAUGAGGGGUGGAUACGAUUACAGGCUCGCCGGUGCGACGGGUCCUGGACAAGGCGCCGCUGGCGGCGGCGGUGGUGGUGCGGGUGCCGGUGGCGGCGGCGCCGCCACCGGCACACCUUCCGCACCGCCGCCCGGCGUACAGUGGUGGUAUCCAGGCGGAGUCAUGGACGCUGCCGCGCAGAACAACCUGCACCAGCAAUUGCAGAACCAGCAGCAACAGCAGCAGCAGCAACAGCAGCAACACCUCUCGUCCGCAAUUACCACGCAAACGUCCACGCCCCCCGUUAUGUCCUCGAUCUCACAUCCGCACGUAGGUCAACUAGAUUUCCGAUUAUUUCUGCAGCACCCGAUACAGCAGAUACCGCAAAAUAAUCUUCAACAAAAUAACGCUCAGAGUCUACAGCGGGACAAUAUGCCGAGAGGAAAAGAUACGAAGCCAAGAGGACGGAUGACAGCGUACGCGUUCUUUGUCCAGACAUGUCGUCAGGAGCAUAAAAAGAAGCAUCCCGAGGAAAAGAUUGUCUUCCGGGAAUUCUCCAAAAAGUGUGCAAUGAGGUGGAAGACUAUGUCGGACAUCGAGAAGAAGCGUUUCCAUGAAAUGGCAGAGAAAGAUAAGAAGAGAUAUGACACGGAGAUGCAGAACUAUACGCCGCCUAAGGGAGAAAAUAAAGGCAGGGGCAAGAAACGCAAACACAUCAAGGAUCAUAAUGCUCCCAAGAGAUCGCUGUCUGCUUUCUUCUGGUUCUGCAAUGAUGAGCGCAGCAAGGUCAAAAUGCUGAAUCCUGAAUAUGGCGUAGGUGAUAUAGCUAAGGAAUUAGGCAAGAAAUGGUCGGACGCAGAUGCCGAAACCAAAUCCAAAUACGAGGCUAUGGCAGAGAAGGACAAGGCUCGAUACGAAAGGGAAAUGACCGCGUACAAAAAGAAAAUGCAAAAUGACGGCGCCCCAAUGGUGGGAGGAGCGCAGGCGAACCAAACUAAUGUAAUAAAAAGCGACAGCGAAGAGGAGUGGAAGGAUGACGACGAAUAGCGGAUGCACGUCGAAAUUUCUUCAUCUAUCACCCCGUGUCCUUCAUCCUGAAAGCAUACCUCACCUACUGUACGUACCAUUGACCUUAGCGUGAGCGUACUUACACCACCAUCACUAGGAGAACGAAGCAACUAACCACCAAGCAACCUACCAAUCAACCAAGCUCUUCAACAAUCCCCACCAACCAAGCUCCUAAUUCUUUCCCCGAUUAUUUACGAUAAUGAUAAAGUAAUCCGCGCUAAUUAUGGUAAUUAUUUUAAAAGAAAAAACUGGUAUGUAUGCGUGAUGCGUGAGUGUGAGCGAGAGAGGAUUAUUGUGUGAGUGAACAUUUGUACUUUAACAUAUUGAUAGUAACGAUGAUGUAAAGCGGCUAGUAGGAUAGCGAAGGAUAAGGAAAAAAAAAAGAAAUCAGAAUCAUGAGUAAAAAAAAAAUAAAAGCGGAAGAGAUAAGACGGCAAGUGCCCAUACUUUUUCUCUCCGGAUGGAAGGCGCAGGGGCUCAAUCAUUGUUGACUUUUUGCUCCGUCGACGCUAUAUUAUAUGUAGCUUAGUUUACUAAUGACGAAACGUCGCGACUAAUGACGGCUCUGUAGCGCGGGGAUCGAAGAUUGUUGCAAUUAUUUUAUCAUAUUUUUUCGGAUUUAUUUCUGAUCGCAAAGAUCGUCGAGUUUAUAGAUUAUUUUUAAAAUAUUAGAAAAAAUAUCGAAUCACAUUUUUUCAAUUAUACAUCUUGUAUUUUUUCGGAAAUAUAUCUUCUAUAGGCUUUGUUAUUGAUACGAGAGAGGAUUGCUCUCUUAGAUUCUCGUUCUCGAAAGAAGUUCGUCAUGUGUCGCGUCGUUGCAAAAUUAAUAUACUAUAUAUUUUUGAGAAUCUUUUUUUAGUUCAGUUCAAUUCAGUUCAAGUUCUGUUCACUUGGUGCCAGAGCGUCGUUAUGGCAUUAACAACACACACACACACACACACACACACACACACAAAACAUAAAACACAUACAGAUAAUUGUUGUAUAUCCUUGUACAGAGAGCUUCAUUUCUUCUUUCGUAUAUUUUUAGCGAAUUGAUCAUGUUGAGCGCGCGUGAUGGGGCAUGGGGCCGCUUUACGCAUAUUUGCGAAUAUAUAAUUGAUUUUAUCGUGGUACACACAAACACACACACGUCUCUUGUAGUAGCUGUAAGUACGUUUAGAAUUAAGUAUACGUGUAACGUUAACGCAGAUUUGAAUUCUCCGGCGACUCUCUAUGUCUUUUUUAAGCAUACAAUAUACUUCUUUUCAACAUUACACGGCGGUGUUACAAACCACGAUCCACCACGUGAUUGAGCCUUAAAUUACACAUUAUAGCCGAUCGCUCCGAUGCGAUGAAUCGAAUCGAGAGAAACUGUGUGCGAGAGAGAAAGAGAGUGCAUGUGUAUGAAGUUCACAGCUUCUCUAUUAGAUCGUUGCAUAUGAGAUGUCACCUUUUUGAACAAGUAAAUCUUUUAAUAAUCAAAUCAUAUUUAUAUACCUCAUGUUAAUUCUUUUACACAAGAAUAUGUUGCAGUACGACGAUUUGCUUUUCUAUUCCAAGUAAUAUAUGAGAAAAUUAAGAAAUUUAGAGAGCACAUUAUUUUUUUUAUUUUAAAUACAUUUCAAUUGAACAAUAAUAUUAUAAUUGUUAAUAUUACCGUUACUUAUACAAUAUUAUAUUAAUUAUAUCACUAUUUUAUUAUAAUUAUAUAAUUUUUACAUUGGCUACGAGUGACUUUUCUUGAUACAAUAAGCAUUAAUUAUAAGGAUAACUUAGAAAUGUUUUAUUAUAUAGAUUAUAUACACACAUUUAGAUUGAAUCAUGUGAAAAAAGUGAAUAAUUGUAUGCAAAAUUUAACGUCCGGAAUAUAAAAAGCUGGAAAUAUGUAUAAUUUUUUUAUAUUAUCUUUAAGUUUCCUACAUACUUUUGAUCACCGAUUUUGUGAACGUCACGUUUCAUAAAUUUUUAUCAAGAAUUAUUAGGAACAUCGAAUCGAGUUUUUUAGUCUGAUAUCCUAUCUCGGAAAUUAAGAAUUCGUUCAUGUACAUAAAACCGACAUUUCAUGUGCAGGGACCUAAUAUUAAAUCAAAAUUAGUAGCAUGAUAUUCUAGCGUCUUAUGCAGCAGCGUUAUCGCCACGCUAAGCUUGUUUAUAAAAAAAAAAAACGACGAUUGUUAUAUGCAUGGAAACAAAAUUCCACUUUUUAUUAUAGACAUCCGCGCUGUUUCGAGGCUGCCGGCAGCCUGUAGCUGACGAAAACAAAUUCCUCUCUUGUCCAACAAAUCGAUUGCAGUUCAAUAGUGAUUCUUGACAAAAAACGCUUGUUUAUUGACUUUGAGUUUGACUUCGAAAGAGAGCAAAAUCAUUUUCGUCGUUUUUUCUUUAAGACUACGGUCGCGUAGGAAUAAUUAAAAUAAUAAAUCACACAGUGAACAUCAAACUUUUGUCUUGGCACAGCUAGAAAAUUGGCGAAAUAUGCAACUCUCAUGCGAUCGUAGUCUUAAUUACAUUGUGAGAGAUGACAUUUUGUAUUUUCUUCUCUGUUCGAUUUUUUCUCUCUUUCUCUCUCUGUUUUUUCUUUCUUAGCCCGACUGAAGUGGUCCCUGCCCCUUGCCAUCGCCAUUCUCCCUCUCACAUUCGUUUUUAACUCACUGGAAGAAAUAAAAAAAAAAAGUAGUAAAGGGUAAUACGUUCAAAUCUCUCGUCUCGAGACUCACGUGAAUGAUAUAAUAAUAAUCGCCGUUUCCUUCGUUAAAUCAAUAUUCCCGGGAGUAAUCUGAUUAAUAGAAGAUAAGCUCCCAGCGAAGAAAAGGCGUUUUUCUCUGUCUUGUACUGCCUCGAGUCAUCUGGUGUACAGCAGGCUGUAUUAUAAUAAAUUAUUGUGGUUUCUUGUAA